AUGGCAGAGUUCAUACACGAACUUAUGGAUGAGUUAAUGCAACAAGACCAGCUCAUGGAAGAUGAAUUCAUCGAACAACAAUUCAACCAAGAAGAGUAUCAAGGGUCAUCUGAUUCAGACCAUGAACAAGACCAACAUCAUGAAGGUAAUGAUGCUGAUGGGACAAGACGCAAAGAAAAACAAUACACAAAUGAGUUUCUGACAUCUGUACCAUUGUACAAAAGAACAACUGAAAGGGGAUAUGCUGGUGCACUGAAAAUACCCAAAACAGCAUUGCAUAGGCUAAGGCAGCAAGGCAGACUGAGAACACACACAAGCACAAAUCACCCAACAUUGACAGAGAAGCACAAAGUGUCAAGACUUAAAUGGGUUUUAAGUCUAUUAAAUCAUGUACCAACGGUAGGGGACCCAACAUUUAGUGAUAUGCAGCAAUGGAUACAUUUAGAUGAGAAAUUGUUCUACAUUAAUCCAAAAACAAGAACCUUUUACCUACUGCCAACAGAAGAUGAUCCAUACAGGGCUCAACAAUCAAGGAAGUUCACGAUCAAAGCAAUUUUUAUGGGAAUGAUAGGUAAACCAUUGUUUGAUGCUGAAAACAACAUGAUACAUGAUGGAAAAUAUGAUCUUUUUCCUUUUGUAAAGUAUGAAAGAGCCAAAAAGAAAAGCAAGAACAGAGAUGCAGGGACUCUAGAGACAAAGGCAAUUCAAAGUGUCACAAAAGAGUGCAUAAGGGAGAUGCUACUAACGCAUGUUAUCCCAACAAUCUAUGAAAAAUGGCCACAACAGUUGCCAAAGGACAUCAUCAUCCAAUGGGAUAAUGCUAGGCCUCAUCAGGUACCAAAGGAUGAAGAAUUUGAAGCAGCUUGUCAUGCACAUGGGUUCAACAUUCAAUUUAUAUUCCAACCAACUCAGUCACCAGAAACAAAUGUUUCAGAUUUAGGGUUGUUUAGUGUCAUUCAAUCAUUACAAUAUCAAUCUUUUCCAAGGAAUUUAGAUGACUUAAUCAAGGAAGUGGCUAGAGCAUUUCAAGAAUAUGAUCAUAUACUAAACAAGUACACAUGGAUCACACUUCAAUCCUGCCUUAUUAAGAUUCUGGAAAAGCAAGGUGGUAAUAACUUCUCUCCCCCACACAUGAAGAAGAGAAGCUUGGACAGCCAAGGACUACUACCACAACUACUUGAAGUAGACAGGGAUCUAAUUGGUCAGGUUGUCCAUUAUUUGGACAUAGUCACAAUUACAGGAGAUGAUGAAGGGCACAUGGAAGUAGAUGCAGACUGA